AAUGUUUAUCUUUUAGUCUGGAGAUAUUCUAAUUUUUUAUUAAUUAGAUAUUCUUAUUAAUUAAAAAUUAGAUAUUAUUAAUUAGAUAUUCUAAUAUUUAAUUAAAUCAUUCUUCUAUUAAAAAAAUACCUUGGUAAAUGACUAUAAAAUAAAAUUUGUUUUAGGCAUCAGUCUAUUUAAAAAAAAUAUCAGUUUUUGCACUGAAUAACCUACUAAAAUAGAAAUGGAAACUGAUUUACCAAAAUCUGCAUUAGCUUAUUAUGUACGAUUAUACUGCAAAAAAAGAAAUUCCCACAAAAGUUCGGAAAAACAUCAUCACCUUCAGGAAGAAGCAACAAAGUCGUGGAUAAAAUUAGACCCUUCUGAAAAGCAAUACUUCAUAGAAAAAUAUGAUGAAUAUCAAAAUAAUGUUAAAAGUUUUGCUAACAAACUUCGGAGUGCAGUUCCAUAUCUAAAGGAAAAACAUAUAGACAAUCAAAAUGUAACUGCUAUAAAUACAUUGACAGAAUGUAGGCAUCACACAACAAUAAAUGAUUCCAUUGCUAGUAGCCAUGAUGUCAACUGUGAAAUUACCCAAGAUGAACAGCAUCAUGAGUCUAAUGAGAAUCAAGCCAAUUUGACAUCACAAUUGAGAAAUUUACAAGAAAGUAUAUAUUCAGCGUUGGAACCAACUCCACCAAAAAUAAUGACUGGUCAACAACUUUUCGAAAUAAUACAAGAGAAUUCAGAAAAUCCAGUCACAUGGAAAUCUCUUUCAGAAGUUCGAAAGCGUAGAUUUCAUAACGCUGUUUGCAAAAUAAAAAGGGCAUUUUAUUUUGAAUACAAAAAAUAUUUGGAAAGCUUACCAGACGAAAAACUUUACGUGUAUUACAAAAAUGUUACAGGGACAUAAUGUAUGAAUUUUUAUGUUUGUAUAAAGCCAAUAAAACAUUGUUAUAAGUUAACUAAA